AUGGGCCGAGUUGUGCCAUCGCGCACAACUUUGGGCUGCGUGCAGAUCCCCAGUGAUGUGACGUUGGAAGACGAAGGGCCACCUUUCGCAGAGCAGAUGGGCAUAGACAUCCAGAUGACCAAGGUCUCUUUCGAUUCGGAGGACAUUUGUGCCGGGACCUACCUGCGUGCGAUGCAGCGUGAAGAACUCACGAAAGGAGCUAAAACCCUGGCAGCCCUUGCUGUAUCCUCUGGACAGAAGUGCGACGUCCUUGGAUUGUCAUGCACAUCCUUUUCCUUCACCCUAGGCUCGGCCAAAGUGCGUGAGCAGAUCAGUGCAGUCACGGAUAUGGCACAAGCACAGCUAGAAGCUUUGAAAGCCUUACAGGCAAAACAAGUAGCUUUGCUGACACCCUACAUAGAGGAGUUGAGUCAAGCCAAUGCGGAGAUGUUGGAGUCCAUGGGUGGCUUUCGAGUGGUGAGCAGGUUGACAAUGAAUCUGCCCACCGAUGACCUAACCUCAGCGGUGCCGCCAGCUGAAAUCGCAGAUUGGGCAGUUCGUACUGAUUCUCCACAAGCGGAUGUCGUUGUCAUCGGCUGCAGUGGUUUUCGUGCGUGCCAGCCGGACUUUCUCGAUGCACUGGAGCAGAGACUCGGAAAACCGGUGGUGACUUCAACGCAGGCUUUCUUGUGGCACAUGGCACGCAGUGCUGGUGUCCAGAAGAAGAUCAAAGGCUCUGGCCUGGGAGUCGAAAGCACAAAGAUGCGGAUCUCCUUGAGCCUCUUGCUCUUGCUGCAAAAGACCGUGCGCUACGUGCUUGCAGCCUUGCAGCAAUGCAGUGAGCUGAAGGACUCCGACAGACACUUCAUUCGCAGUGUGACGAGCGCUUUGAUGCAACGGAUGGUGGAGGCUGGCGUGAUAGAAAAGAACGACACCAAGUCGCAUCACCCCAAACAUAAGGGCAGGAUACUUCCCAACUUCAAUCCAUGA